GUCAUAAAUUCAUAACAAUAUCGUCCAGUCAUUACUCGUUAACUCAUGACUUCAGUCUACAUUUAAUCGUACUGUUAGGUGUUAUGUGAUUGUGGCCGGUCGUCGUUAGAAUUUCGUCUGACAUUGAACACAAUAAUAUAAUGUUUGCGUUAAUAACUUCGGGCGUUUUAGCUUUGUCCUUAGUUUUAGUUACAGUUUUAAAAUAUAAAUUCAUAGCCAAGAAAAAAUGUCUACUUGGCCGUCAUGUUAUUGUAACACAAAUUAUAAAGUUGUAUAUUGUUUACUGGUCCAUUAUAUUUUCAUUUUUUCAGGUUACUGGCGGUUCAAGUGGUAUUGGUAAAUGCAUUGCAUUGGAGGCUGCUAAGAUAGGAGCAAAUGUAACUAUUGUUGCAAGAAAUGAAAACAGACUUCGUUCAGCAUUGGAAGAGAUUAAAGGGCAAUGUUCAUAUAAUGAUCAAAAAUUCAACUAUUUGUCUGUUGAUUUAGCGGGUGAUUACAAUAUGGUGAAAACAACUCUUAAUAAUGCAAUUGAUGAGAUGGGACCAUUAUGUUUGUUCAUAAACUGUGCUGGUAUGGCUAUUUGUGGAACAUUAGAAGACAUUUCCUCAAAUGAUAUUAUGAAAAUGAUCAAUACUAAUUUGAUAUCUACAAUCCAAGCUACUAAAGCAAUAGUGAAUGAAAUGAAACAAAAUGGUUAUGGAAGUAUUGUAAUUACUUCAUCACUGGCAUCCUUUUGUGGUAUUUAUGGUUUAAGUGUUUACUCUGCCACAAAAUUUGCAUUAAGAGGGUUUGCAGAAGCUUUAAGCAUGGAAACAAAGAACUUUGGAAUAAAAGUGACGUUGGCCUUGCCCCCUGAUACGGAUACCCCGGGGUAUGCUAACGAGUCAAAAGACAAACCACUGGAAACAUUAUUGAUUUCGGAAACAGCCAAUUUGUUUACACCAGAAGAAGUAGGAAGACAAAUUCUUCAAGACACAUUAGAUGGACGUUUCUUUAGCACUGUUGGUUUCGAAGGCCACAUGAUGACUAUUUCUUGUGCAGGAAUGGCUCCAUACACUUCUUAUUUAGAAUUAAUAUGUCAGGUUUUUUGUGCUGGAAUUUUAAGGUUGAUAACUGUUUACUACCAAUCUACAUUUGAUAAAAUAAUUAAAAAAUGUAAGUUAGAUAGAGAACAUCUAAAAAAUAAUAAAACAUAGUAUAUAAUGUAUGCAUAAAAAAAAUUAAAAACCUUUAUUUUCUACCUAUACUUAUAUGGUUUUUGUUAAUAAAUAUUUGUUAUGAAUGUUGAA